UUCUGCUCUUCCUCGAACUUGCUAUUUAGUUUCGUUUCUUCGGUAUAGGUGCAGAGCAGCUGGCGGUGCGCUCCGCAGACGCCGCUAUUGUCAGGUUUGCCUGCAGAUAAGACGAGAUCGGACUUCCACGGUGAAAAUGAAAAGGGCAUUUCUGAUUAUCACGCUGGCCUGUGCCGUAGCAGUGGCUUCUGCCUUGGAUAAUCGGAGGAAAUCCAAGCCAUCUGCCACCGUUUCCCCCCCUGGAGACUUUGAUGCAUCCACCACCAACCCCACGACCCACGCACCAAACACCACGACCCACGCACCAAACACCACGACCCACGCACCCAACACCACGACCCACGCACCCAACACCACGACCCACGCACCCAACACCACGACCCACGCACCCAACACCACCACCCACGCACCCAACACCACCACCCACGCACCCAACACCACCACCCACGCACCCAACACCACCACCCACGCACCCAACACCACCACCACUCAUGCCCCAACACCACCAACUCCCACCCCCCCCACCAACCUGACAGUUGGCAGCUACGUCGUUAAGAACGAUACCGUUAUGUGCGGGAAGGCGACUGUGGCGAUACAGAUCAAGCUGCAGUCCAGCUCCAAACCCAGCGAAAUGGGCAGCUUUAUCAUCCAGCCUAACAAGACAGUUGCCGUUGGACAGUGUACAGAUGCCACUUCAAACUUCACCUUGUCAUUCCCAGAGGGAACACUUACCUUGCUGUUCCAGAAGAACUCCACCGAGAAGUCCGUCUACAUCACCAAGGUCGCUUUCAAUGUGAACUACCCCAUCUUGCCCUCAGGUCCCACCCAAAAUUCAGUCAGCAAUGAAUCGCUGCAUCUCCUCUCUACUACCAUUGGGCAUUCCUACUCCUGUAAGAAUAUGACACUGUUCAUGGGCUCUGGCUACUUUCUGGAGAUGACUAGCCUGAAGUUGCAGGCCUUCAACUUCACCAAAGGAGACUUUGGUUUACCUGACAACUGUCCCGCUGACAAGCCAGACUACACCGUCGCCAUAGUUGUGGCCGUUGUCCUCAUCAUCCUCAUCGUCAUUGUCAUUGUGGUGUACCUGAUCGGCAGGAAGAAGAGGACGGAUGGGUAUCAGGCUCUCUAACGGGGGGCACUGAGGCCCUGUGAACCCGAUCAGAUGGAUGCUCUCAUCCCAACUCCCAUCUCUUAUCCUUCUGCUACCGCUGAUCAGAGUGUUUUUUUUUUUGCUGCUUAUAUAUAAAGCACCUUUCUGACUGUGUAUCUUGUCUGCUAUAAUUUCGUUUACAUAGUUACCAAGGGUGUUGCGGUAAAUGUUCCUUCAUGUGUCGUAUGAGAGCAGUUCUCUCUUUUUUUUGUAUUAUCGAGCACCUCCCAUAUUGACAGGUGGGGGGAGGGGGGGGGGGUUGACGGUGAUGUGUUUGUCUCAGGGAACCUUCUCCAGCCCCCUCCCUUGGCCCCCUCUACCGUACUUUGCUUUCAGUCCUUUGGGUACACAGUACGACCAAAGCAUCCACCCUGUCACCGCUGAACACGACGUGGUUGCCUCCUCUGCCAGGAUUGUGGCAUCCACACGUGUCACUGGUUUAGAAAACACCGGCCUUCCAGGAAGUGCUGUCUCACGGGCUGUGCUCUUACCUGAACUCUGACAUGAAUCUGAGGGCGGGUGCAAAGCACCCUUAGUAGACGUGCAUUCGGUGCCACUUAAAUCUUUCUACAAUUUUGCACACCGUCACUUCUGGCUUCAGUGUUGCUCUGCUCGCACAUAACGGGGAAAUUUAUGUGAUGAAAACCUGUGCUUUCCUGUGUCGGGUCAUUUACAUGCAUAUUUUUAUAUUAAGAUUUGCUGGCUUGCUUAUUUUGCUUUAUUUCUCCAGUGUUUUUCCAAUCCUGUUCUCCAACCCUGUUCUUCUUACUACCCAAUUGAUUAAUUCAUAGAGUGAUGAUGAACUAAGGAUGAGAUAUGUUGAUAACUGAAGGGAGAACAGCAUGACUGACACGAGGGCUGGGCCAGUCUCAAAGCUUUGGUGUUUCAUGUUGUGUUGUCCCCCUUAGAGUUACUUAUCCAGCACCAAAAACCAGGGGGAAGAUAUGAGGAUUGGAUCUAUGUUCACCUGCAGUUCCAAGCGUGACACUGUUGCUAACAGAAAUGUAACUCAGAAAGUUCCAUGGGACUGAAUUCUGCAUCCUAUGGAAAGUGUUCCUCAGAAAGAGCUGAAAUGUGAUUCGAUUCAUUGCUAGCAUCUUUCAGCUGAUGCUGUCCUAUUUGAUGGAUGUAUAAUGUGCAGAACAUCUACAAACCAGGCCGUUAUUGUUAGCUGAAUUUCUGUGGGUCAGUGUUUGAGGGAAGGCAAUGGAAACCAAAGGUUCAGUGCCAACUGACUCCAGGUGGAGAGAGGAGGGGACUAAAGGGAAGUUUUUUUUCUAAAUUUUUAAUACUAAUUAAGUCAUUUGUUUGUUACUUAUAACUGUGGAAAAAAUAUUACCUUGUAGACAAUGGUCAAUCUCAUACUUGCUUGGAAAUGUUACAUCAUUGUUUUAAUCGGUGUGCACAAUUAAAAAUCUGAACAAACUA